CAUUACUCUACUUUAUUGGAUUUGUAAUUGCAGCUCCAGAAGAAGAUUUAGUGGAUGCAUCUACAUGGGCAAAAUUUAAAAUUCCUUUUUCCGGAAAGAUGUAAGGGCUAAGACUUAUUUCCUAGGUACUCUGGGUAUUUGCCAAUCGACGAUGCUGGUGAAAAGCAAUUCCAUUAUUUUGCAUUCCCAGCAUUUAGCUUAGCUGGACCAUUACAGACUACCUUUCCCCUUAUAUUGUGGUUAAAUGGAGGUCCUGGAUGCUCAUCCCUUAUUGGUGCUAUGGUUGAAAAUGGACCAUUCACAGUAGAAUUGGGUACAAAUUAUUUUAAGUAAAAUCUAUUCACCUGGUUGAAUUUUGUAAUAAUGAAGAUAUAUUUUUGAAA